GACGAACCCAGAGCCACCUUACCGGAGACGCGAGGCGAGGAGAGGGCCAGCAAGGAGUAUGAAGUCGAGAAGAUCGUUGAGCACAAGUGGGACAAGAGGAAGAGGAAGCGAGUAUACAAGGUACGGUGGGUGGGGUACGGCCCCUUUUACGAUACGUGGCAGACGCAGAAGGACCUGAAGAACGCGGAUGAGGUCCUGAGGAAGUAUAAAAGGCAGCAUAAUUUA